AAAGGGCAGCGUCGGGAAUAACGGACUUUCGAAACGAUGGUGAUUAUUAUUGCGGUGGAGAUCAUCCCAUCGCCCACUCAAGAGAAAGGGCUUCAAUCGUGAUAGGAAGGAGGAAAUGGUAGGAAAUGGUCUCCUUCCUUCUCGGAUACGAAGGGCUCCCGGUCAUCGGUGGGCAAGACACAAGACAAGACAGCAGACGAGACACAAGACGUAGACGCGGACACAGAAAGAGCCAAUUCGCUGUCUCUUGGCUCUUUCCCUCUCUCUCUUUCUCUCUCUCGCUCUCUCCCUCGCCGAUGAUUCUCGGGCCCGCCGUCGAUGGUGGUCAGGGGAGUAAGGUAAGGUAGUCAGCAAAAGGCGAUCGAAGCGUACAACGGGAUCGUCUUUUCUCUCCGAAUGGGGAAAUUGCACCAAGA